AUGCUGUGGUUCCCUGGCACCAUCCCGGCCGCCAUUGCCGCCGCCAAGCAGCGCGGCGCCGUCUUCGUGGUGUUCGUGACAGGGGAUGAUGAACAGUCCACCGAGAUGAGCACCAGCUGGGAGGAUGAGAAAGUGACUGCGGCAGCAGCAGAUGGCUUUGUGGCUAUUAAAAUUGAUACCCAAAGUGAAACCUGCCUGCUGUUCUCACAGAUCUAUCCUGUAGUAUGUGUUCCAUCCAGCUUCUUUAUAGGAGACAAUGGAAUCCCUUUGGAAGUAAUUGCUGGCAGUGUUUCUGCAGAGGAACUUAUUACAAGAAUUAAUAAAGUCCAACAGAUGCACAUGUUAAAAAAUGAAGCAUUAGAAAGUCCUGCUUCAUGUUCGUCCUCUCUCUAUAACAUCACAGAUGAUUCUGGAUCGCAAACAUCUGAGUCCAUUGAAGCACAGCCUGAAAGCCUACAUGUAUCUUCACCUCCUGAAAUAAAUUUGGUGCAGACAAAUGAGGUUGCUGAGGAAAAUGACAGAAGAGCAGAACCAGAACCACCGACUACAGAUGACCUUACUGCCAAAGUAGAAAGAGUAACAAAAAAACUUGAACAAAAACAAGAAGAGAAAAAGAAAGAAGAAGAACAGAAAGAAAUUAAGAAAGAAAUUGAAAGAAGAAAAACUGGAAAAGAUAUGUCGGAAUACAAAAGAAAACAGGAAGAAGAACGGACAAAACGCAUGUUGGAGGAAAAGAGCAGGGAAAAAGCUGAAGACAGAGCUGCUAGGGAACGUAUCAAACAGCAGAUUGCAUUGGAUCGUGCUGAAAGAGCCUCUCGUUAUGCAAAGGCACUGGAAGUAGCAGAAGCUGCAAAGGCUGCCGCUCUCCAAGCACAGCAAGCUGAGAUGGAGGCCAGGAAGGAAACCCUGCAGGCAGAGAGAAGUACUAUAGCAAGAAUUCAGUUCCGCCUCCCAGAUGGAUCGUCCAUUACUAACAACUUCCCUGUAGACGCCCACUUGGAAGAGGCUCGACAGUUUGCGGCCCAGACAGUUGGCAACACAUAUGGUAAUUUCUCAUUGGCUACAAUGUUUCCCAGGAGGGAAUUUACCAAAGAUGAUUAUGGAAAAAAAUUAUUGGACUUAGAACUUGCCCCAAGUGCUUCAGUUGUACUGUUGCCGGCAGGAAAAUCAGCUACAGCAGCCGUGCAGUCUUCUGGUGGAGAUUUUUGGAAAUUUCUUGGCACAGUCCUUUACCCAUUGAUGGCUGUCUGGCGACUUAUUAGCAACUUCUUGUUCAGCAGCCCUCCUCCUUCCCAGACUUCAGAAAGACCUCAUCAGCAGGAACACUCAAAUCCUUCAUCUAACACAACAGAGUCAAGCAGGCAAGGGGUCAGGAAACGAGUACUGGAAAAGCGGGGCGAAGAAUUCAAAAAAGAAGGCAAAAUCUAUAGACUGAGAACUCAAGAUGAUGGUGAAGAUGACAAUAAUACUUGGAAUGGAAAUUCAACUCAACAAAUGUAGUUU